UAAAUAAAAAUAUGUAAUUCUAAAUUUGUACUUUCAGGUCAUUGAGUGUUUGACAAGAUGGAUGAAAGCCUGAAUGAACCAGAGUAUAUUGUACGCCUUGCUGAGGAGUUGAUAACAGUUAUUGAUAAUGAAAAGAUUGAAAAUACUUUACUUGACAAUAUUGUUAAAGAAUGGCAGAAAAUAUUAGAAAUAAGAGAAAUACAAAAGACACAGACAAAAAAUAUAAUUCAAGAAGUUAUGCAAAUGGAGUCUGCCGAAGAAGCCAACUACCAGAAAAGCCAAACAGCAUGCCUCCAUCUGAAUGAAGAAGGCCAGGGUUUGGAGCAAUUAGUUUCUAAACAGAAAGAAGGACUGGCUAAUGUUGUAUCAACAUGUGAAAGAUUGCAACAAAAUUUGGAAGCUUGCCAACAAGAAUCACAAAAGUUGGAAAUAGAAAGACAGGAAGUUGAAAAACAGAAGAAAAUAUCAAUACCUAAAACAAGACAUGACAUCACACUGUACAAGUUAAUUACUAACUUACACUGGCAGUUGGACACACCACAAAAUGAACUUACAGGCUAUGUUUGUGGAAAUACUGAAGUUAAACCUUUCUCCAUCAACAAAGAACAAAUGUCAAAAUAUGACAUAGUAAACUCAUUAUGGGACAUGAUAGAGGAAGACUGGUGACUAGAUUUUAAUAUGCUAUAACAAAACUUUGUUCAGGUUUCAUUAUAAAAGUUAUACAAAACGCUGACAUGGAGAAAAUAAUUAAAAAACUGACAUGUUAUGUGUGGUCAAUUUUAUUAACUUUAUUUGUUAAAGAAAUGCACAUUUACAAAUGUACAAUUAGCAAUGUAACGCAUGGAUAAUCUUUUUUAUAAUGUAUUACAGCAGUGAAACUUGUUUGAAGAUGUCUAUUUUUAUACACAAUGAAGUGAAACUUUGAACUAAACCCUCUCAGUCUGUAUAGAAUUUUUUAUAUGUUAAGUUUGCAUAAAUAUUAGUUAUAGAUUGUGACAUGUAAUCAUGUCUGUAUUUAUUAGUUUUUAAUGUAGUUAAUUUUGAACAUUUUCAGAGUGUGCUUUGUCAUACUAAAUCCUGCUGUAUGCUUUGUUUGAUGUAUGUAUAUGAAAAGAUUACAUUGUAGUGUCAUGGCAUGCAGGUUGACAUGUGGUUAACCAAAUGCUUUUUAACUGGGGUUUUCUAGGUUAUAAAAAUGGUGAAGUGAAGCGACUGCCAAAUUUUUCUGUCCAUUAAUUUCUGAACUGUUCAACCCAUGCUUUUUUAACUUUUUAAUAUAUUGCUACUGAUGACAAAAUGAGGUCAAGUUCGUUCGAUAUUGAUUAUAUUCACUUUUACUGUUCAGGAGUUUUGGCCCUUCAAAGAUUAGAUAUUGUGGCUUUAUUUUCUUCCUGUACAACAAAUUAUGAACUGUUCAACAAAUGCUUUUUAAAUUUUAACAUAUUGUUACUGAUGACAAAGUGAAGGUCAAAUUUCAAAAUCAAUGAUUUUCACUUUUGCUGUUCAGGAGUUUCUAUGAUCCUUGAUAGAUUGGAAACUAGGCAAAAAAUGUGGCAGGUCAAAGAAGUCUGAAAGAGUCAUACAUUAGAAUACAUCAAAUGUAUUCGUUCUAGCUGACCUCUUAAGUCAACAAUGGUUUGUUUCAAAAUACAGAAAAGCUUGUUUUUCUAAUUCCAAAUUAUGGCACUAAAACUCAGAAAUUGAAUUUUUGACCCUGUCCAAAUUAUGGCACUUUAAACUCUGAAAUUGAAUUUUUGACCCUGUCCAAAUUAUGGCACUUUAAACUCUGAAAUUGAAU